CGGCGACUCUUCUCUACUAGCCAAGCAGCCGCCGCUUUGUCCGGAUAACGCGCGCACACAUCGCACUGCAUCGCACCACGCACCGGUUCUUCAAAGGCCAGCGCAGGAUAGUCAGACAGAAGGAAAUCUCAGAGCGAGGAUCUCAACAUCGUCCUUCGGCGUUCACGAGAACUCCAAUAGUUGAAUUAAAACACAUAAGGAGUGUUACACAUUUGGCUAAUCAAAUAUGUCGGACGAUGGUUCACCUGUGGUCGAAGAACAGAAGAAAAAGCGUGGUCGUCCAGCGAAAAAUGCUGAAAAAAAUGCAGAUAAAGUAGUUAAAGAAAAAGACUCUGCGGUUGUUAAGGAACCUAAGAAGCGAGGGAGACAGCCAGCUGAGAAGAAUAACAGUGUCUCACGUCCACCUAAAUCCGAUGAUGACGAAGCACCGGCACCUGUCAAAAGAGGUAGAGGAAGGCCCAAAGGUUCGCACAAAAAAAAGGCUGCACAAAAAGGCACCUCUGUACCCGGUCGUGGACGUGGUCGGCCAAAGAAGGUUGAAGAAAAACCAGAAAGUGCAGGCGAGGAUGAAGAUGAGCAGGACGAAGAUGACGAAGAAGAUGAGAAUUGAGAAAGUGCGGAGGAGAUUGAAUAAAAGUAAUAACAAUAAUUGGAAGGAAGAGGCGCGCAUCGACGAUGAAAACGAAAUAACGAUUGAAAAAGAUAAAAAAAUGAAUUAAUGAAAAAAAGUAGUCGAACACCCGACUAGAAUCACUACAGCAGCAAUCUGCAUCGUCCCCCUUUAACAACGUACAUCAUAAAGUUACGGUUCAUUUUUAUAUUAUAAUAAUAUAAUAAUAAGUCGCGUCAACCGUCACAUUCUCAUCGUCAUCGCAUGAAAUUUGCUCGUGAAUCGCAUCGUCUCCGGAUCCCGACGUUUUUUUUUCUGCGGGAUCGAGAGAUUUUGCGUGUGUGUGUGUUUUCUUUUCCUCGUCGAUGUCGCGAUUUACUAUUGUACGCAAUAAGUGACGAUUCGGAUCCUGUAAGAAUAUUAGACACACCAGAAACGACACUUUUUGUAACAAAUCUGGAAAGGUAUUUUCAUUUUUUUUAUUCUCUAUAACUGUACACCGACGUGUUUUAUCAUUUUUACCGCGAUUUAAACUAAUAUCAAUAAAAUUAUCCACUUUUUCUAUUACGUUGAUUUUCAUCGGUGCAUACGAAAUUCAAUUUUCCGAGCGGUUUCCUUGUCACGGUCGAAUUGAAAAUGAUAAAGUUAUAACUCUGAUAAAUCAAAGAAAGAAAAAGAUCAUGCAAGGAUUUCGACAAUCGAAGAACCGACAAGAACUACUUUCCAAACGAAGUAUGACAAAAAAAAUGUAACUACUCAAAGAUUUUCUUUCAACGACUAAAAUUCGUUUAGCGAAUAUGACAAAAAAAAUUAACGAAUUAAACAAAAAAAGCGUAAAAUCACAUGAAAAAAAAAAAGAAAAUUAAAUAAUAAGUAGGCUACUUGUCUUGUACGUUACGAGCGUGCGGAACACAUCAACUACUUCGUAUUGUGCGAAUUUUUCGUAAGAUCAAUGAGAAAAAACUGAUAUGAAUUACAAACAAAAAAUUGGAAACGCACGGAAAACGAUUGAAAUGUGUCUAAAAAAAAUAUACAAAACAGAAUGAGGUGAAAUGUAACGAAAACCUGACUACGGGCCAGAGGUUAAUAAAUCUGACGUCCCGAAAACGCGACAGGCAUACAAAACAGUGUGAAUGUAAAAUUUGUAUCAAAGUAAAUAAAUUCACGAAAUACUCUUA